AUGUGCGAGGCACAUUUCAAAGAAAACACCAUUCGCACCACCGACGGCAGAUAUGUGGUAGCUCUCUCUUUCAACCAACAGCAAAACCAAUUGGGGGAAUCCAAAUCAGGAGCCCUCAAGAGAUUUUUAUCUCUCGAACGGAAACUACAACGAGACCCGAGUCUGAAACAUGCCUAUCAUGCGGUCAUCCAAGAAUAUCUCGAUCUCGGGCACAUGUCGAAAAUUCCGAAUGAUCAGCUUUUAACACACAAUUGUUAUUAUUUGCCCCACCACGGAGUCACAAAAUUUACAAGUCAGACAACAAAAUUAAGAGUAGUAUUCGACGGAUCAGCAACCACAACUUCAGGAAUUUCUCUCAACGAUACAUUGUACACCGGUCCAAAAAUCCAAGAUGAUCUUCUAUACAUCCUGUUACGUUUUCGGAUACACCGCUAUGUGCUCACAGGCGACAUCGAAAAAAUGUAUCGACAAUUCUUCGUUCGUCAAGAAGACCGAAAAUACCAGCGCAUUCUUUGGCGUGACUCGUCCGGGAAAAUCAACACCUACCAAUUGAACACAGUCACAUUCGGAUUGUCUGCUGCUCCCUAUCUCGCCAUUCGUUGUCUGACUCAGCUCGCCCGUGACGAAGGCCACCGAUUUCCGCUCGCAUCAAAAAUUCUUACUCGCGACUUUUAUGUGGAUGAUGCACUUACUGGAGCAUCGACAGUACAAGAAACUCUCCACAUAAGAGACGAGCUCACACAGGUCCUAAAAUCUGCAGGGUUACACGUCCGACAGUGGGCAUCAAAUGACAGAUCUCUACUGCAGGGCUUGUCAACCCAGGACAUCAACAAGCAACUCCAUCUCGGGGAAUCAGACACAUUCAAAACUCUCGGGAUCGUCUGGAACUCUUCAGACGACUCCAUCGCGUACUCGGUUAAAACCCUAUCCUCCACGCAUCACGUUACCAAACGAUCUAUUAGUUCGGAAACAGCUCGAAUCUACGAUCCAUUAGGCCUCCUGGCGCCCGUUAUCAUCACGGCCAAGAUCAUGCUUCAGAAGAUUUGGACCAUGAAGAUCGAUUGGGAUGAAUCCCUACCUAUGUCCAUUCACACCGAAUGGAUGCAAUAUUAUAGACAGUUACCUGUGCUGAACAAUAUAACUUUCAAUAGAAAGACCGUUAUCGACUCCGCGAUCAAGACCGAACUACAUGGAUUCUGCGAUGCCAGCGAGAGGGCCUAUGGUGCUUGCCUCUACCUCCGGUCAGUCGACGCCAAUGGAAAUGUCCGAACGAACAUCCUCAUCGCAAAAUCCAAAGUAGCUCCAUUGAAAACACAAACCAUCCCACGUCUCGAACUCUGCGGAGCCCUUCUUUUAUCUUCUCUAACAACAACGGUGCAACGAGCAUUACACAUAACUGUCGAUCGCACCAUCUUCUGGACCGAUUCCACAAUUGUCCUUCACUGGUUGGAAUCCUCUCCCCAUCUGUUGAAAACCUUUGUCGCGAAUAGGGUGUCAGAAAUACAAAAUAAAACCAACAUCGCGAACUGGCGACAUGUCCCUACGAACGACAAUCCAGCUGAUCUCAUAUCCCGAGGCCAGUCUCCAGAGGAAUUCCUCCGCCCAUCCAUUUGGACGUAUGGACCAGAAUGGCUUUGCAAAGACGAAACUCAUUGGCCAACGUGGGAGAUGACCAUCCCGAGCGUUCUUCCCGAGCAGAAGGCCACCUUGUGUCUGACCACUACUCAUGUGGAUAUCCCUAUCCUAGAAAGAUACUCGUCAUGGGGAAAAAUGCGUCGGAUCACCGCCCGCUGUCUCCGAUGGAGGCGGAUCAGCACCACGAAGGGCCCUCUUACAUCAACAGAGAUCAAUUACGCACACAAUGUCAUCACCAAAUUAAUCCAACGGUUGCAUUUUACCAAGGAACUUCAACAAAUCAGGAACAAUCGAACCCACACAAUUAAAGGCAAGUUUCAACGUCUAAGCCCGUUCGUGGAUCAAAAUGGAAUAUUACGGGUCGGCGGUCGAUUAAAGCAUUCUCCAAUGCCAUUCCAUCAGAAACACCCGAUCAUACUGCCCAAAACAAAUACAACCAGACUAAUAAUCGAAAGCGAGCAUCGCGCUCAACUGCAUGCAGGCGUGCAAGCCACUCUGUAUGCAGUUAGAAUAAAAUAUUGGCCCAUAGACGGUAGAAGCCAGGUAUGGCAAACACUGAAACAUUGUGCACGCUGCUGUCGAGCUCACCCACCUCCUGUGGAGUACAUCAUGGGUGACCUACCGAAGGCGAGAGUCACAGAAACCCGUCCAUUUACGAACACCGGGGUCGAUUACUGUGGAUCGUUCUUUAUCAAGGAAAGAAAUCAUCGAAAUCGCAAGCGUGUGAAGGUCUAUGUGGCUGUUUUUAUUUGCCUCGCAAUCAAGGCAGUACAUCUGGAAGUUGUGAGUGAUUUGACGACUGAAGCUUUUAUCGCGGCACUUCGACGCUUCAUCGCGAGAAGGGGUUUUUGCAGCAACCUAUACUCUGACAACGGAACAAAUUUCAUUGGGGCAAACAACGAAUUACGUGAACUUCGCGAACUCCUCCAAUCAGACGACCAUCACGAGAAGGUUCAACAUUUUCUUACAGACCGAGCCAUCGACUGGCACUUCAUCCCACCGCGUACCCCACACUUUGGUGGCUUAUGGGAAGCCGCGGUAAAAUCAUUCAAGUAUCACUUAAAACGCGUCGCAGGGGCAGAACUCUUUACCUUUGAAAAAUUUAACACCUUAAUUACAGAAAUUGAAUCCAUCCUAAACUCUCGUCCUCUAACUCCCAUAUCAUCAGAUCCUAAUGACCUCCUCGUCCUCACCCCCGGCCAUUUCCUGAUCGGCGAUUCAUUAACCUGUGUGCGUGAGCGAGAUUUCAGAGACACCUCAACCAACCGCCUCUCCAGCUGGCAACAAAUACAGAAGGUUAAGCAGCACUUCUGGACUAGAUGGCAUCGCGAAUACCUCAACGAGCUGACCACCCGAAGCAAAUGGACCAGCUCCUCACCUACCAUCAAGAAGGGCACCAUCGUCCUCCUGAGAGAAGACAAUGUACCCUCGAUGCAAUGGCCUCUCGGCAGAGUGGUCAAGGCCCAUCCAGGCGCCGACGGCAUAGUUCGCGUGGCCACGGUGAAGACUGCCACCACCGUUCUCGAGCGGAACGUUCGGAAAUUGGUACCGCUGCCCAUGCAAGUAGAUAAGGACGACAACAGUGAGCAACCAUCCGCCAGCGAGCAUCCAUCCGCCAGCGAGCAGACAUCAUGCAACCAGUAG